AUGUUGAGGUAUUGCGACGAAUCAAAAAUUAUCACAAUUAGAAAAAUAACCGCAUUUCCAGUUGCAUUUACAAUGUCAUUUCAAACGCUAGCACCAUUUUGCCAAUCGAUCAAAUCCAUUCAGCGUUCACAUGGUCGAAUCUCAAGUAGCAUAAGACACCAUGGAACUAGUAGUAAAAAUGAAGUACAAAUUGUUGAAGUCGGACCACGGGAUGGUUUACAAAAUGAACCGAAAUGGGUUGAAACCGAUGUUAAAGUGGAGUUCAUAAAUCGACUGUCGAAAGUCGGUUUGCAACAUAUCGAAACAACCAGUUUUGUGAGCCCCAAGUGGAUUCCACAGUUCAAAGACAGUUUGGAAGUGUUCCAGCGAAUUGAAAAGACCGAUUCAAUUUCAUAUCCAGUGUUAGUGCCGAAUAUCAAAGGGUUCGAAACAGCUAUCGCCCAAGGCGUAAAAGAGAUUGCGAUUUUUGGUGCUGCCUCCGAGACAUUUUCCCAGAAGAAUAUCAAUUGUUCAAUAGAAGAAAGUUUAAAUCGAUUCCGUGUGGUGACUGAAGCGGCACAAAAAGCGAAUGUCAAAAUUCGAGGCUAUGUUUCAACAGUUGUUGGUUGUCCGUAUGAAGGGCCGAUCAAAGCGGCUGCUGUUGCCAAUGUUACCGAAGAGCUGCUAAAGCUUGGAUGCUAUGAAAUCUCGCUGGGCGACACAAUCGGCGUCGGAACAAUUGGAUCGAUGAGUGCAAUGUUGAAAGAAGUGAAAAAUGUAGCUGAUCCUAGUCAAUUAGCUAUUCACUGUCAUAACACAUAUGGACAGGCGUUACCAAAUAUUUUAACGGCCCUGAAUCAUGGCAUACGAGUCAUUGAUGCAGCUGUCAGUGGAUUGGGUGGUUGUCCUUAUGCAAAAGGUGCUUCAGGCAAUGUACCAACUGAGGAUGUGAUCUAUAUGCUUCAUGGCCUGGGAGUACAUACCGGCAUUAAUCUUCCUGAGCUGGUACUAGUUGGUCGCUUCAUUUGCAAUUAUCUCGGUAGAAAUUCGGAAUCCAAAGUCACAUUUGCGAUGGGAGAUUUGAAACCAAUGGAUAAAAACGCUCAUACACACAAUCAUGACCAUAGUCAUAGUCACAGUCACUCUCACAGUCAUUGAUAUUUGUUUUUGAAUUUGACACCUAAAGUUGGCAAUACUUUACAGUUUUUUUUUUUUAUUUUGACAUAUUACAACAGGAAUGUACACAGUAGCGUAAAUAGUUGAUUUGAAUAAAAAAAAAAGUCAAAAUAGAGAAACAAAGACUUUUAUUUUUAUCGACGGUGGAUAAACUUUAAGGAUCUCAAAUUCGUUUUUCGAUUUGUCAAUACAAUGGCUAUUUACAAGGAAAAAAUUGGAAGAAAGCGUGCGAGUAUACGGCAAGGAAUAUUCUGGGCAGUUUGGGGAUUUUUGGCUGGCAUUUACUGUUUUCAACCAAUCCUCAAAUCGGCACACCGUGACGAAAAGUCAAUUUUAGCCGAUUACAUCGAAAUUGAAGGUAACAAAACGAAAAUAGAAACAAAAUCGGAUGAAAAAAGCAAAACAACAGAAGACUUAAGUAAGCCGCAUAGCUAGAGAUGCAUCGAGAAUUAUCUUUAUUCGAUAAGUGAUAUUAAGCAAACAGAAUAUGUUAGUCAUUAUUAGAAUUGCUUGAAUUUCGGUCAAAUAAAGCCAAAAUUGUCCGAAAUCCAUGUUCAAUUGUUACGCUGAAAUAAAUUUGUUAUAAAAAUGAAACAAAAACAUAGAGGUUAGUUUUCGUUCAUUUGGUUUUUUCUUUUGGUUGGUACAAUAAUGACAGGUGAGCUUUGACACUUUCUUUGACUUACAUAAUAUCGAUGCAUGGUAUGUUAUUUUGAAAUAAAUGUCGAUUGAUAACCAAGAAAGCCGCAGUUUGAUCGAAAAUCUGGUGCAUUUAGCGUGAUGUUUAUUCCAAUUCGAAGAGGCUUGAGAACACGGGAAAUAUUUCUAACCACCGUAAUUGGUGUGGGUAUCUCACUUUACGCUUGGACACCAGUUAUUAAAGAACAAACAGCAAAAACAAAAGCGACUCAGUCAUCAGAGAACUCGCAACAGCAAUCCGGCAAAGUACAACCGAAACCCGUUGAGACACAACCCUUAGCCAACGAUCAAAAACAAAAGAAAUAAUUUUGAUUUAAGGAAAUUGAAAUAAAUUGUGAUCAUGCAGCCAUAUGCGAUUCGGAAAAAUCGAUCGUAUUCACUUCAAGUGAAAUUUUUCAUUGCCACCGUUAUAACAACUUGUGCCGUGUUUGGCUACAAGAAUUACCUAGGACCAUAUUUGAGGAGAUGUAGAGCGCAAAGGGGACAGGCAUUUGAACAAGAAUAUUUUGAGAAACAAUCCAAAUCAAGCUAAUGUAAUCGGAUGCAUCUAUUGGGAAAAGAUUGAAAUUCUUCUUGAAAGAACUUCAUGACAAAAACAUCGAAAUACCAUAGCAAAUCUGUCAACAAGUUUAAUAUUUAUAUGCAUUGAAUAAGAAAAUGCCCGUUUCAGCAUUCGAAUGAUGUUUAUUUUCUAGAUUUUAUUUCAUAAUAAAGACUUAGAUAAAAUUGUUUUG